AUGCCUUUGCUCAAAGAUCAUCGUCCGAGGGUCCUGGUGCCUGAGAAGCUGUCCUCGGAUGGGUUAGCUCUCUUGCGUACUUCACUGGAUGUAGAUGAGCAAAAAGGUCUGAGUGCCGACGAUCUCCUUCAGAUCAUCCCGAACUACGAUGCUCUGCUCGUGCGAUCGGAAACAAAGGUCACUGCGACGAUUCUUCGCGCUGCUCGACGAUUGAAGGUGGUGGCCCGGGCCGGGGUCGGGGUCGACAAUGUUGAUGUGGAAGAGGCGACUAAGUUGGGAAUCGUGGUGGUUAAUUCGCCGUCAGGCAAUAUUGGUGCGGCCGCUGAACAUACCAUCGCCCUGAUGAUGGCGAUGGCGCGGAAGAUCCCUGAAGGCUGUGCGUCCUUGAAGGCAGGGAAGUGGGAACGAAGUCAGUUUGUCGGGAUCGAAGUUAAGGGAAAGACGCUGGCCAUCAUCGGUUUGGGCAAAGUGGGAUUAACGGUGGCCCGUCUGGCCAAGGGCCUGGGAAUGACGGUCAACGCGUUGGAUCCCUAUGCAUCGCCAGCUGUUGCCGCCUCGGCUUCGGUUACCCUUGUCACGUCGCUUUCGGAGCUACUUGCGUCGGCGGAUUUCCUGACUAUCCACACGCCACUCAUUGCCUCGACUCGUGGCAUGAUUGCAGAGACCGAGUUGGCCCAGAUGAAGCCUGGUGCCCGUAUCCUGAAUGUUGCCCGGGGAGGCACAAUCGACGAGAGUGCACUACUUGCCGCCCUGGAAUCAGGCCAGCUAGCUGGCGCAGCCAUCGAUGUGUUCACCUCAGAGCCCCCAACGCCUGAAACGACGGCGGCACGACUGAUCGCACAUCCACGAGCCGUGGUCACACCGCACCUAGGAGCGUCUACCGUCGAAGCUCAGGAGAAUGUGUCGGUUGAUGUGUGCGAGCAGGUGGUCGAAAUCCUCAAGGGAUCGCUGCCGCGCAGUGCAGUGAACGCACCACUUAUAUUGCCCGAAGAAUACCACAAGUUGCAACCAUUUGUACGGCUGGUUGAGAAGCUUGGGAGCUUUUAUACACAGCACUAUGUGGCCUCGCCGGGCGGAUCCAUGGCCCGUAAUACUUUUGACCUCAUCUAUCAGGGUGAAGUGGCAAGCAUUAACAACACUAAACCGCUGUUUGCCGCAUUGAUUAAAGGCCUUCUGUCGCCAAUCAGUAGCGCCGAGGGGAUCAAUAUCAACAUUGUCAAUGCGGAACUGGUGGCUCGCGAGCGAGGUGUCUUUGUCUCGGAGCAGCACUCGCGCGACCCAGCUGACCAUUCCUCCUAUUCGUCGUUGGUGACUCUCGUUGCACGUCCUCCCUCUCGAGCAUCAUCUCAGGCUCCUGGUGUAAGCGAUUCGUCCACCGGGACUCCUUCGACCCAACACCAGCGAAUCAUUUCGGGUACUUGCUCCGGUGAUCGGCUUUUGAUCACUCGUCUGGGUCGAUUCGAGGCAUCUUUUGAGCCUGAGGGAACCCUGCUAAUCUGUGAAAACUAUGAUUCCCCGGGGAAGAUUGGUGUCGUGGGCAGCAUACUGGGCCACGAAGGGGUGAAUAUCAACUUCAUGACCGUUGCCCCUGUGUCAGUCAAGCUCUCAGCGGUUGGAUCGACCGAUCCUAAACAUGGCAGGGACGACACUAUUGACUCCAGUAUCCAGGACGAUCCUGGUUCGAAGGAAGCCCUAAUGAUUUUAGGGGUUGACAGAGGGGUUUCUUUGCAUGUCACUGCAGACUUGGUAAAGGAAGGAGGCAUUCUUAGUGCCUCUGCCGUAACCCUAUGA